CGCUCGGCUUCGGCUCCUUGCUACUCGCUAGAGAGAGAAACGGAAAAGGUUACGGGGGAAAAAAAAAAAAGAAAAGGCCGUCGAAAACCCUGCCGCCGCCGCCGAUGCUCUCCGCCGUGCGAUCUGGUUCCAUUGGCCGGUGGCGAGCGCCGCCGCAACUCCUCACACGCCUCUUCUCCUCCUCCCCCUCCUCCUCCGGCACUUCUCCCGCGCGGCCGCAGGCGGCGGCGCUGCUGGAGCUCUCGGAGGUGGAGAAGGUGCUGCGCGACGUCCGGGCGGGCGACGUGCGCGUCUUCCCCGUCGGCGAGGGCGGGCUGCACGGGGGUGCCUGCGCCGACUACAUGGUCGUCGCCACAGGCCGCUCCGAUUGGCACGUCCGCAACAUCGCGCAGGCGCUCCUCUACAAGAUAAAGCAAAAGCAGAAGGGCUCUGAUAGAAUAUUGAUGCCAAGUGUAGAAGGUCAACAAGCGGGAAAAUGGGUUGUCAUUGAUUCAGGAAGCAUAAUCAUCCAUGCACUUGAAGAAAGGGCAAGAGAGUAUUAUGAUUUAGAAAGCAUUUGGUCAAAAGAGGUGUCCCCUAACACUUCCAUUCAGGAGUUGGAGACCUCGCUGGUGAAGACACGUCGCCGGAACCUAUCAAAGAAACCCAUGAAGAGCAUCUGAACUAGGGGAUAUGGUACGAUGAUCCGUGAACCAUAAUAAAUUACAGGAGGUCGAGCUUUCUUCUCUUUCCAUUUUGUAGCAUCUUUUACUUACCAAAACUAGUCUUAUUAUGGGGGGUUUGUAUAUGGACUAAAAUCGCAUUAAUGUAAUAUCCACUGCAAACAUUACUGAGUUCCUCGCUUCCUACUUUUUUGCAAUUGGAAACAUAGCUUGUGCUUUUCAAAUGGUAUUCUCGAUUCUCCCAGUGGUGUUUGAA